AUAGCCAUCUUUUAUUCGAAUAUCAGGAUGCUCUCAUCAUAAAACCUCCCAAGAAAUCUCCGGCAUUGUUAAGGAUGAUAGUUGUAGUGUUUGCAAUGGUCUGUGGUGUUUAUAUCUGUUCAACCUUUCUUAAACAAACUAACACUGAGACAACAAGCAAACUAUUGAACAUUGAAGUUGUAGAAAGGCCUUGUCAUGAAUAUGACACUGACCGAUCCCAGAUUCCAUACUUGCAUUAUCCUAAACCGAAAACCUUUAGCAGGGCUGAAUGUGCGUGUAAUCCUGUACGGUUGUUUGCCGUUCUGUCAACGCAGAGGUCUGGGAGUGGAUGGUUUGAGACACUAUUGAAUAGUCAUAUUAAUAUAAGUUCCAACGGUGAAAUUUUCUCUGUCAAAGAGCGGAGAGAAAAUGCUUCCUCAAUCCUGAGGACGUUGGACAUGGUCUACAAUUUGGAUUUGUUCACAAGUGCUUCCAAGAAUCACUGUUCAGCUGCGGUUGGCUUCAAAUGGAUGCUUAAUCAGGGGCUGAUACAACAUCACAAGGAAAUCGUUGAGUACUUCAACAACAAAGGUGUCUCUGUGAUAUUUCUUUUUAGAAGGAAUCUGCUGCGCCGUAUGGUUUCAGUGCUCGCGAAUUCCUAUGAUCGUUAUGCUAGACUCUUGAAUGGAACACACAAGUCUCAUGUGCACUCACCUGAGGAGGCUUCCGCUCUUGCGAAGUAUAAACCAGAAAUCAAUACAACAUUAUUAAUCACAGAGUUAAAGAGAAUGGAGGUAUCAACCAAUGAGGCAUUGGAGUACUUCAACAGCACUCGGAACAUAUUUUUGUAUUAUGAAGAUCUUAUCAGAACCCACACCAAAUUGGGAGAUGUUCUAGAGUUUUUAAGAUUGCCACGAAUGAAUUUAACUAGCCGCCAAGUUAAGAUACACAGCGGACCACUGGAGGAACAUAUCAAGAACUGGGAUGAUGUGAAUAAGACAUUAAAAGGAACAACUUACGAGAGUUUCCUCCGAUCUGAUUAUUAAAUUUUUUGAUGAAGGGGGAGGUGUAGAUAUAAAGAGAAAUCCAGUUUAGCUCCAGUUUUUCCUUUUUCUUUUUUCUGUUUCUUUCCACAUUGCAAGUGUAAUUAAGCUGAGUAUCAUACAUAUAAUUAAGCUGAGUCCCCUUUC